ACCGCGCGGCCGCGUGCGGACACCCGCAGGCGGCGGGCGGUGCGCGGUCUGGGCGGCGGCCGGGCCAUGCUGCGACUCGCGACCAAGCUGGUUGCGUUCUUCUGGAGGAGAGCGGACGGCCCCAACGAGGACGCAGGGCCGCCGGGGUCCGAGCUCGCGGAAGGUGACACCGAGUUGAAAACUGUCCAGGGUGUUGUGACAAGGUACUGCAGCGAUUAUGGCAUGAUUGAUGAUUUGAUCUACUUCUCUAACGAAGCUGUGACCACCAAAGUGCUUCUCAGUGUUGGACAGGAAGUUAUUGCCGUUGUGCAAGAAGAUAAAGUGUCAAAUGGACUGAAAGCAAUUAGGGUGGAGGCUGUCUCUGAUAAGUGGGAAGACGACAGCAAAAACCAUGGCAGAGGGCUGUCCGACUCCAGCCCCCGAGUGCUGAUUGGCUGUGUGACUUCGCUGAUGGAGGGUGCUGGCUACAUCAGUCAGACCACAUACUUCUCUCUGGAGAGUGUUUGCGAAGGUUUCGAGCCCUGCAAGGGAGACUGGGUGGAGGCGGAGUACUGGAUCCGGCCGGGCACGUGGAACAGCGAGGCCAUCUCAGUGAAGCCCCUGAGGUACAAGCGCGUGGACAGGGUCUGCAUUUCUAGCCUCUGCGGGAGAAACGGGGUGAUAGAUGACAGCAUCUUUUUCACCUUGGACUCUCUGAAACUUGCUGAAGGAUACGUGCCUCGAAGACAUGACGUGGUCAGUGCCGUGGUGGUGGAGAGCAGCCAGUCAUGCUAUGUCUGGAGAGCCCUAUGCAUAACCCCAGUGAAAAGACGGGACCCCGCUGCCUGUGAAGAGGCUGCCGAUGAGUCCUGUGGAGCCCUUUUACUGAAAAACAAAGGUGAUAUUGAAGUCACGAGGAUGACAAAUUUUGGAACAUUAAAAGAAGGAGGAAGUAAAAAUAUGGUGGUCUGGAUAGAGAAUAAAGGAGAUAUUCCUCAAAACUUAGUCAGCUGUAAACUAGCUGGCUGGGAUAAAGCUAAACAAUUCAGAUUUCAAACACCGGAUAAAACCCAAAUGUGCCCAGUAGGGUCUCUUGUUCCUGUUUCUGAGAAGGAGAGGAAUCUUUCGGAUGAAAAUAUUAACUCACUAGAUAGCUACCAAAAACACACAACCUGUCAGGCAUCAGAGAGCAGUGCGGUGAACAUCACAGAAGUCUCUCCAGACGACUGUGCUUGUGAAGGAGAAGAUGGGGACAAAGAAGAGAGGAAGCCGGGGAAGCAGGUGACAGAGCUGGAGCCCGGAGGGUUCAUCCCUCCCGGUGGAAGAGCCCCGAUUGUGAUUGUAUGUGAUGCAAAGAAUUCCGGCCGCUGCAAGGAGCUCCUUCUACUCUGCUUCUCCAACUUUGUAAUUGGGCGGUUCCUUGAAGUGAAUGUCGUAAGUGGGGAGGAGUCGCUAAUAGCUGUCCGAGAACCAUUUUCUUGGAAAAAGGCUAAAAGUUCCACCACGUUAACAUCCACAAAAACUACAGUUGUUGUGACCACACAGAAAAGGAACUCAAGACGACAACUUCCAAGUUUUCUUCCACAGUAUCCAAUACCAGAUAGACUUAAGAAAUGUGUGGAACAAAAAAUUGACAUUCUGACUUUUCAGCCAUUACUCGCAGAGCUUUUGAACAUGUCGAACUACAAGGAAAAGUUCUCGACUUUGCUCUGGCUUGAGGAGAUUCAUGCAGAAAUAGAACUGAAAGAGUAUAACAUGAGUGGGGUCACCUUGAAAAGAAAUGGUGACCUGCUGGUUCUGGAGGUCCCAGGAUUGGCUGAAAGUAGGCCUUCUCUGUAUGCAGGUGAUAAGCUGAUUUUAAAAACUCAGGAGUACAAUGGACAUGUCAUCGAGUACAUCGGCUAUGUGAUUGAGAUUCAUGAAGAAGAUGUAACUCUUAAACUUAACCCAGAAUUUGAGCAGGCAUAUAACUUUGAACCUAUGGAUGUGGAAUUCACAUAUAACAGGACCACAAGCAGACGGUGUCACUUUGCUCUUGAACACGUCCUCCACUUAGGCGUUAAAGUGUUGUUCCCAGAAGAAAUCAUUCUACAGUCUCCCCGAGUGACAGGGAAUUGGAACCAUGCUCAAGACACCAAAAACGAUGGACAGUCCACCCUCAAGAAUAGGAAAGCCAUGAAGGACCACACUAAGCACGCAGCCAAGGAGAGGCGGGCUGGUGCCCGGGACACGCCGGGGCCGGCGACCUUUGCUGAAAAGUCAACUAAUCUGGUAAACGAAGUUCAGAUCCCCAAGGUGAGAGAGAAGGAAUUUUUCAAUCCCUUGCUCAACGAAAACCAGAAGUUAGCAGUUAGAAGAAUCCUGAGUGGCGACUGCCGCCCGCUCCCGUAUAUUCUCUUCGGACCUCCUGGAACCGGGAAGACAGUGACCAUUAUAGAGACUGUCUUACAGGUGUACUACGCUUUGCCGGACAGUCGGAUAUUGGUCUGUGCGCCCUCCAACAGUGCGGCCGACCUCGUGUGUCUGCGGCUGCAUGAGAGCCAGGUGCUGCGGCCCGGCGCCAUGGUCCGUGUAAACGCCACCUGCAGGUUUGAGGAGACAGUCACUGACGCCAUCAAGCAGUACUGCAAAGAUGGGGAAGAUAUAUGGAAGGCCUCGCGCUUCAGGAUCAUCAUCACGACGUGCAGCAGUGCGGGGCUGUUUUACCAGAUAGGAGUGAGAGUCGGACAUUUUACACACGUGUUUGUGGACGAAGCAGGACAGGCGAGUGAGCCGGAAUGCCUUAUUCCACUGGGGCUGGUUUCAGAUGCCAACGGCCAGAUUGUCCUUGCCGGAGACCCCAUGCAGCUCGGACCUGUCAUUAAGUCCAGACUCGCCAUGGCCUAUGGGCUGAAUGUGUCUAUGUUGGAAAGACUGAUGUCCCGGCCAGCGUAUCUGAGGGACGAAGACGCUUUUGGUGCUUGUGGUGCCUACAACCCCUUGUUGGUUACGAAGCUCGUGAAGAACUACAGGUCGCACCCAGCUCUGCUGGCACUGCCGUCCAGGCUGUUCUACCACAGAGAGCUGGAAGUCUGCGCGGACCCCAAGGGGGUGACCUCCCUGCUGGGCUGGGAAAAGUUACCAAAGAAAGGCUUCCCCCUCAUCUUCCACGGCGUGAGGGGCAGUGAAGCUCGUGAAGGGAGGAGCCCGUCGUGGUUCAAUGCGGCCGAAGCUGUCCAGGUCAUGCGUUACUGCUGCCUCCUGGCCAGGGGCAUCUCCAGCCAGGUGUCUGCGAGUGACAUCGGUGUGAUCACGCCCUACCGAAAGCAGGUGGAAAAAAUCAAAAUUCUCUUGCGAAAUGUUGAUCUGAUGGACAUAAAGGUCGGAUCAGUAGAGGAGUUUCAAGGGCAAGAAUAUUUGGCCAUCAUCAUCUCCACUGUACGGUCAAAUGAAGAUAGAUUUGAAGAUGAUAGAUAUUUUUUGGGUUUCUUAUCCAACUCAAAAAGAUUCAAUGUUGCAGUCACCAGACCCAAAGCCUUGCUGAUUGUGCUGGGAAAUCCUCAUGUUCUGGUCAGAGAUCCCUGUUUUGGUGCUUUACUGGAAUACAGCAUUACCAACGGUGUCUACACAGGGUGCAAUCUACCUCCCGAGCUGCAGGCCCUGCAGAAGUGAGCUCUGCUUGACUUCCCGCUCUAGCCCUGCCCCUCUCGCAGCCUGCCGCACUCGCCUCCUUCCUGUGCAGUCCUGGGACGACCCUUGGGGUCACUGAAAGGGACGACAGCCCCAAGCCUUGCUGUGGUGGUCCCCAGCACUCGAGCCUGAGCUGCUGUGGGGCGCCCAGCUCACUGGUCCCCUCCCCUUUGCCCAGCUGCAGCUGUGACUAGACAUGCAGCCUGUCCCUCCCCACCCCACAGAGCCAGGUCCCCAGCCCCAGUUGGUAAGGCACGGCCAGGAGGCCUGGGACCACAUCCCAGGGAGCUGCUGUCCUCACCUCUGGGCUGGGGCCCCUGCGGCCUGCCUUGUGUUCCGGCCUUGGCCACGAGUGUGGGGACCAUGGGGUCAGAUGGAGCCUGCUCUCUGUUCUCCAAACCAGCCCAUUCCUGCUGCUGGGCAGUUACUGCAACCAUCACCGAAAUAAAUGCUCACGUGGGACACCCAGUGUGGCUUUCCACCUUGAGAAGCACUGGAUACUGGGAGGUGAUGAUGCUUUUGUGUGGCCUCUGACCCCUGCAGGCUCACCAUGCAUCUCCAGGCCCUUGAGCCAGCGUUCCCUUCCCGUGCCAGCCGUGGAAAGCCCAGGGCCUCUACAGGG